CAUGCUUCAUAAAGCUCUCUGUUACUGUAGGUUUAUAGUUACUCCUGCCCAGGGCUGCAGUUGGAACUGGACGUUUUGAGGGCCGGCGGCAGCGGCGGCGUCUCCCUGAUUCCUCUCCCCUCAUUUUUCAGGCAGUGACAAGGACACAGCGCCCCUCUGACAGGACAGCAUGGUACCAGAGGCCCCUAUAGCAGUAACCGCGAGGACUAAUGGGGAUUGCAGUACUUCUGGUCCUGAUUCUUCGGCAUUGGAUCAACAACGUGGAGGGAACAUGUUCGGUUGGCAGUGCAGUGACUUGUGAUGAGUGUCUCCAGCUGGGUCCCCACUGUGCAUGGUGCACACAAGAGAAUUUCACAGACUCGUUUUUAAUCAGUGAGCGAUGUGACACGCCAUACGUCCUCCAAGAGAGGGGCUGUCCCCAGGACCAGGUAGAAUUCCCUGUGACCAUCUCCGAGGUCCACCGGGACCAGCCUCUCGGGAAGAAGACGGGGAAUACCAACAGCACACAGAUAUCGCCACAGAAGAUGGCCCUCAAACUCAGAACUGGCAGUGAGGUGACCUUCCAGAUCAGUGUGCAGCAGACAGAGGACUACCCUGUAGACAUCUACUACCUGAUGGACCUCUCAGCCUCCAUGAUUGACGACCUGGAGAUGAUUAAAGACUUGGGCUCCACCCUGUCCAAGGAGAUGGCAAAGCUCACCAGUAAAUUCAGACUUGGAUUCGGGUCCUUCGUUGAGAAACCAGUCCUCCCGUUCAUUAAGAUCACUCCUGGAGAGUUGGAGAACCCUUGCAGGAGUGUGGAUGAGAGCUGUCUGCCAACGUUUGGAUACAAACACGUCCUACCCCUCACCAGCAGCACAGAGAAGUUCAACGACAUCAUCACCAACCAGCGUGUGUCUGCCAACAUCGACCUGCCGGAGUGUGGCUUCGAUGCCAUCAUGCAGGCUGCUGUCUGUGGGGACAAGAUAGGCUGGAGGAACGACUCCAUGCGUCUGUUGGUGUUUGUGAGCGACGCCGACUCUCACUUUGGGAUGGACAGCAAGAUGUCAGGCAUCGUCAUCCCUAACGACGGGGAGUGCCAUCUGGACAGCAACAAUGAAUACUCUAUGGCUGCCCAUCUGGAAUACCCAACUCUGGGACAGCUGAUGGAUAAACUGGUGGAGAACAAUAUCCUGCUUAUAUUCGCUGUGACGGAAAAUCAGAAACACAACUACGAGAACUAUGCACAUUUCAUACCUGGUGCCACGGUGGGGGUUUUGGAAUCAGAUUCAAGGAACAUCCUGGAACUGAUUGUGACAGCGUAUAAGGAGCUGCGGUCUGAGAUAGAGCUGGAGAUACUAGGAGACACUGAGGAUCUACAGAUCUCCUUCACAGCUAUCUGUCAGGAUGGAACGGUACUACCUGGACAGAAACUAUGCUCCAACGUCAAAGCUGGAGACACGGUCUCCUUCAACGUGACUGUAGAACUCUCGGAGUGUCUCGACGGUCCCCAGCACUUCCUCAUCAAACCGGUGGGCUUCCAGGACCCCCUGGAGUUAGAGCUGGAGUCCCUGUGCUCCUGUCCCUGUCACCAGACCCCCGAGCCCAACAGCAGCCACUGCAGCCUGGGCCGGGGAUCUCUGGAGUGUGGCUCCUGCCUGUGUGAUCCAGGGUACAUGGGGUCCAAGUGUGAGUGUAUGGAGGAGAGCACCCAGAGCAGUAACUGCAAGGCCAGUGGCGCUGCAGAGUUGUGUAGCGGACAAGGGGAGUGUUACUGUGGCCAGUGUGUGUGUCAGCCGUCGAGUUUCGGACGCAUCUACGGGGCCUACUGCGAGUGUGACGACUUCUCGUGUGUGAGGUUCCGAGGGGUACUCUGUGGAGGUCACGGGGACUGUGACUGCGGCGAGUGUGUGUGUCUGAGCGGCUGGACGGGGGAGUACUGUAACUGCAGCAGCAGCAGGGACACGUGUGUGUCGGAGGACGGAGCGCUGUGCAGCGGACGGGGGAAGUGUGUGUGCGGGAAGUGUGUGUGUUCCAUGCCCGGAGCCUCUGGAGACACCUGUGAAAGGUGCCCUACCUGUGGAGACUCCUGUAGCUCUGCUAGGACCUGUGUGGAGUGUCAUCUACAAGCAGAAGAGGAGGCCACAGAGGAGUGUGUCCAAAGGUGCAGCGUCUCUCACGUCUUCAUCAACAAUUCCACAGAGUACGAUGAGAGCCAGUCCAUGCUGUGUAACCUAAAGAGCGAGAACGAGUGCUUCAUCUCUUUCAAUGUGGUGGCUGGGGACACAGGGAGCACUGUGUAUAAUCUAAAGAUGUACGACUGUCCUGAGCCCCCAAACAUAGCUAUGAUAGUACUGGGGGUCUCUCUGUCCAUCCUCACCAUCGGCCUCAUCCUGCUGGGGGUGUGGAAGCUGCUGAUCUCAGUCCACGACCGCAAAGAGGUCGCCAAGUUUGAGGCCGAGAGGGCAAAGGCUAAAUGGCAGUCGGGUACAAACCCUCUGUUUAGAAGCUCGACGUCAACAUUUAAAAAUGUAACUUAUAAAAGCGCAGGGGGACCGAAAGUUGAUAUUCAUUCAAUGGAUGGCUACUGAUGAUGACAUCAGCUUUUAUAUAUCAAAUAUUUACCCGCAGUUGAGUGCACUGGAUGUCCGUUGUAGAGAUGUUUAUGUUGUAUAGGACCUAUGUGUGUGUGAGUGUGCGUGCGUGUGUGCAUGUGCAUGCAAGUGUGUGUGUGUGUGUGGUGUAAGGAAAAAUUGUAAACACCACAAUGUACAACAUUGUAUCACUCCAAAAGGAAUGUAUUUUCUUCAGGGAUGCUAUCUCAUAUCAGCAGACAGACAAUGGAAUGUCAAGCUAUGAAUCAUCUCAAAGUGAAAUGACUUCGAUUUUGCUGCUGUUAAAGUUGUCUCUGGUACAAACGCUCUGCUGAACUGAACACUGGAAUUUCCCAUUUAGGUUGUUACAGAUGUAGGAUCUUAAUUUGAUCACGCUGUUGCAGGAGAACUUUCCUGCAAUGCAGGGAAUGUCAAACGUAUAGGGUAUUUUAGGUUUAAACAGGUUUCUGAAGAUUGUAAUUUCUGCUUUGAAAUUUCAGACUUGAUUUUCCCUUACGAAAAAUAUAUCAACCCCUACAAAAAUAUCCAUUAAUUGUAAUCCACAUAAUCAUUUACAUUUCUUGUUGCUGCAGGAUUAUUUUCCUGCUGUAGCAAACUGGCUCAAAUUAUGAUCCUACAUCUGUACUUUUUUUCAUAGACUAUGGGUUGGGACAUAGGUAGCCUACAACUGAGAAUAAACUGAGUAGGCUUGAUACUACUGCAAUAAUGUUUUAUGUUUUAUGUGUUAUGAAUGUUUUAUUUGGGGUUUUGAAUCGAGGCUGAGCCUUGAAUUAUGUAAUCUUGAUUGGAAUAAUUUUGAGAAGAAUAAUUGAUUAACUUCAAUGUAUGGCGCAAAAAUAAAGUUGAACUUUUGAGUUGUUGCCACAUCA